GCUGAAAGGAUUUAGUAGAGAACGUCUACGAUAAAGUUCACAACUUUCGGUUGUAAGAAAAAAGCCCUGCCUCUACCGGAAGUCGCAGACGAUGACGUCACAUGUUUGAUGGCUCCUCACAUAUUCACAUUGUUUUUCAUGGGAUCAUCCACAAAAAGUGCUAUUCGGACCGAGAAAACAACAAUUUCCCCAUUAAUUUGAGCGAGGAUGAAAGAUUCGUGUUUGAGGAUAUUGAUAGCGACGGACUAGAAAAAAACAAAGUAAAAAAAAAAAAACGCGAUUGCAUUGGGACAGAUUCCGAUGUUUUUAGACACAUUUACUAGGUUAAUUCUGGGAAAUCCCUUAUCUUUCUAUUGUGUUGCUAGUGUUUUAGUGAGUUUAAUAGUACCUGAUAGUCGGAAGGGUGUCUCCACGGGUGUCUUGACGCCAGUGUCUCAGGGAAGUCGACGGCAGCUAUGGAUGGCACAAGCUCAGCUUUUCUCCGGUGGUGCAGUGAGGGCGGAGCCACCAUGAUGCAGCAGGACCCGUCCAAACCUUUGAGACCUGCAACCAGGCAGGGGUCCGCCCCUAUUUCCCCCGCACCCCCCAGCCUUUCCGUGAGCGAGGAGGUCUUCCUGAAGGCCGUGGCGCGCGGAAACGUUCCUCUGCUGAGGCGCAUACUGGUGGAGCUGCCCCACCUCCACGGCAACAGUGUGGACUUGGCGGACCAGAAUGCUUUGCAGCCGGGGGUCACCAAGCUCCUCCUGGAGAAGGAGGAGUUGAUGAGGCUGGGGGGCACCAUCAGCCGAGGUCAGGUAUGCAUGGUGGACACCAUCUUGAGCCAGCAGUCCUUGGCCCACGUGGACAGGCUGACUUCCCCCCCCAGUCAGGUGGACUUGGACCUCUUGUCCAGUGACAUCAUUCUGGCUUCUCAACGCCACGAAUACCAGAUGGUGCACCUGCUUCUGGCCAGGGGAGCCCGGAUCCAGCACCCGCACCCCCACCUGUGCCGGUGCAGCACCUGUGGCCUGCACCUGGACCCCUUCACACACUCGCUGUCCAGCAUCCACGCCUACCAAGGUCUCGCCAGUCCAGCUUACCUGGCGCUGUCCAACACAGACCCUGUCAUGGCGGCGCUGGACCUGAUCCAGCAGCUGGCGCUCUUGGCCCACACCGAGGUGGAGCUUAAGAAGGACUACCAGAACCUGUGGUCCCAGUGCCAAGACUUCCUGGUGGCCCUGUUGGACCUGUGUCAGACCACGGAGGAGGUUCAGGCCGUGGUACUCGGUCCCUCUAAGGACCUCAGCAGGUUGAAACUGGCCAUGAAGUACCAAGUCAAAAAGGUGCGCCAGGUCUCCUUUCCAGGUCUCCAGUCCAUGUUUGAAGAUAUUCCUCUCUCUCAGUUCCUGGCCCACCCCAACUGUCAGCAGCAGCUCUUGUCCAUUUGGUACCAGAACUGGUCUGGAAUCCGCCAGCAGACCACGGCGGGGAAGGUCCUGCUGGUUCUGGGGGUCUCUUUGGGCUUGCCUCUUCUGGCCUUGGCUUCCUGGAUUGCACCGUCCAGCAAGUUAGGCAAGAUCCUAUGUGGACCUUUCCUGAGGUUUGUGGCCCACGCCGCCUCCUUUGUGGUCUUCCUGUGCCUGCUGGUCCUGAACGCGGCCGAGCGCCUCCAGGUGGCGGCCAACACCAGCACCUCACAGCUGCUUCGCAUGAAGACCACUUCCUUCACCUGGGUGGAGGUCUUCAUCAUCACAUGGAUUCUAGGGAAGAUCUGGGAAGACUGCAAGAAGGUUUGGUCCCAGGACCUCAGGGAGUACGUCUCAGAACCUUGGAACCUUCUGGACUUCACCAUGGUGGCCCUCUUCACCAGCUCCUUCACGGCUCGACUGAUGGCCUUCCGGCACGCGUACGCCGCCCAGCGCUACGUAGACCAGCACCACACCCACCUGCCCUCCCACAUCCGGUACUUCCAGCUGGCUCGGGCUGACUGGGUGCCGUCGGACCCGCAACUCGUUUCCGAGGGCCUUUAUGCCGUGGCCGUGGUGCUGAGCUUCUGGCGCGUGGCCUACGUCCUGCCCGCUAACCAGAACUUUGGACCCCUGCAGGUUUCUCUGGGGAGAACUUUGAAGGACAUUUUCAAGUUCCUGGUGAUCUUCAUCACCGUGUUUGUGGCCUUCAUGGUGGGACUCUUCAACCUGUACUCCAACUACCUGGGCGCCAAGCACAACCCGGCCUUCACCACGCUGGAGGAAAGUUUUAAAACUCUCUUCUGGGCCAUCUUCGGCCUGUCGGAGGUGAAGUCUGUGGUGAUGGACACGGAGCACAAGUUCAUCGAGAACAUCGGCUACUUCCUGUACGGACUGUACAACAUCGUUAUGGUGGUGGUGUUGCUCAACGUGCUCAUUGCCAUGUUCAACAGCUCCUUCCAGGAGAUACAGGGUGACUGUGACGUGGAGUGGUUAUUCGCCAGAUCCAAACUGUGGUUGUCCUACUUUGAGCCCGUCAGUUCACUGCCUGUGCCGUUCAACCUGCUCCCACAUCUGGACUUCCUGCGGGGAGUCAAAGUGUGUCCCUGGCAGAAGAACAGAGAUGAAACGUUGAGUCAACAGGAAUAUAGCAGCAAGGACACGCCCCUUUGUCCCACACACCAUCAGAAGAUCAUGAAGCGCCUCAUCAAGAGACACAUCCUCAAAGCACAGCAAGAUAGAGAAAAGCACCAAGGAAGUGAAGGUGAGCUGAAGGAGAUCAAGCAGGACAUUUACAGUCUUGGCCAGGAGCUGCUGGAGGCCAGCAAGCAGGAAGUGAGCGCCCUGGUGGAGGUCAUCAGCCACCUGGGUGAGGUGUGACCAGGGACACUAGAUUAGGUACACGUUCCUUUCCAAACACUGACGUCACUGGAAAAAAAGGGUUAUAAUAUUUAGGUCAAUUUCUAAGGUUGGCCACACGGUGGUGCUGCCAUACAUGGUAAGAUGGGUGUUUGCAGGCUUUUUAUGUCAUUAUAUUGUUGACAUAUCCUCUGAAAUAUUAUAUUAAUAGGAAUAUAAUAUGUGUGAUGCGACCUUUAAAUGUCACAUUAAAAAGAGGAAUGAAGGAGAUAAGUUAUAAUAUUGUUUAUUAUAAUUGUAACCUUUUAAUACUGUAGUAUACUCUUAUCUUUAAAAUAACUGUGACCUUGUAAUACUGUAAUAUACUCUUAUCUUACACUUACAGACAAAAAUAGUGCCUUUAUUUUGAAAGAUGUCAAGUAGUAUAAGCAUUGCAAUAUCAACGGUGUCAAGGAGUAUAAAUACUGCACAUCAAAAAUGUCAAGUAGUAUAAAGUACUGCAAUAUCUAAGAUGUCUAGUAGUACAAGUACUGCAAUAUCAAAUAUGUCUAGUAGUAUAAGUACUGCAAUAUCAAAGAUGUCUAGUAG